AUGCAAGCCUAUAAUAAAUCAGAAAUGACAAUUAACACUUUAAAUUCUUUAUCUAUAUCAAUGAACUCUUUAGUCAUAGUUUCUAAUUUAUUGGAAAAUAGAUUUUUAUUAGAUAAUUUUGAGGAUAAUAAAUUGAUAUUGAAUAUUUUUGAAGAGAAUAUAUUAGAAUUAAAUAAUCUUGAAGACAUAGAAGAACAAGAAUCUUUAAAAGAAAAUAGACAAGAAUUGAAAAAUAAUUUUUUGAAGUUAGAUUUUAAAUUAGAAAAUGAACAAGAAUCUGAAUUAGAACAAAAGUCUGAACUAGAACAAGAAUCUGAACUAGAAGAACAAAGAUCUGAACUAGAAGAAUAUAAUUAUA